GCCGUUAUCAGUUGCCAAUGCGAACGCCGCAAGGGUACCGUUUUACGUUUGUUUUUAGUCGUGGACAAAUAUUUCACGCGGCACAAAUAUGUGAAAUAGCUUCUCACUGCAUUGCCGAAUCAAACGAAGGAAAACGGCUGCGACCGGGUGCCUCGGUAGUGUGUCGGAUUUUCGGCAGUAAUAGGCAGUUUUUGUGUAAAUGGUUUGCUCCCUCCGGGGAGCGGUUGCGCCGAAAAGAUCCUGUGUGUUACGUUGAUCAAUGUGUUGAGUUGUUGAAUGAUAAUGUUAGCGCUGAACAUGGGAUUCCAUUGGUACAAGAUCUGCUGAUGAUAACUGAGGACCUAUGCUGCUUUCAAAAAAUAACAAUUGAAGUUAAAGUUGAUUGUAUGCGACUUAAUUUAGAUUUGGUCAAAGAUCGGGAACAAUUGGUGGCACUUUUGAAGGACAUAUUACAAACGUUCUACUUCAGUAAAGGCUGUCUGAUACGAUUCAACGAUCAACUAGCCUGGAACUAUGGUAUCAUUAGUGUGACGGUUGAUGACACUUUGGGCUUAGGAAAAUACGGUCAAACCAACCAAGAGACGGUGGUUGAGCUGAGUAAUAUCACUUUCAAUUCGGAAUUUUCUAAAACUCUUGGAGGAUUAUCCGUUACAAAAAAUGACAUCCGAGCUAUCCUGAAUCGUACCACAAGAGAAAACAUUCUGCUUACGGGCCCAGCUGGAUCAGGAAAAACUUCCCUAGUAAAGCAACUGGCGCAGGAGCAAAAUAGUCCAGUAUUCUAUGUGCGUGGGUUGGAUUUUAUAAAAUCACUACCCGGCGAGACAGAGCUAGAGUUAAAAAAUAUUUUCGAACGUGUGCAGCGUUUUGGUAAAGCAUUCGCACCAACGGUGAAGUCUAUUCUACUUGUCAAGGAUGUAGAGAGUUUGUGUUCAAAACUAAGCAGUAGGAAAGGUGAAGAUUUAUCCAACAUUAGCCGAAUUUCCUGUCAAUUCAUCGCUUUGCUGGAUCGUUACCAGCUUGAUGGUAAUUUCGUUACAAUAGCAAGCACUAGUCAAAUAGAAGCCUUAGAUUUGAGAGUCCGUCGUCCUGGCAGGCUGGGGGCUGAGAUUUUCAUUCGAAUGCCGUCGGAACAGCAAAGGAUAGAAAUAGUUAAGACCGUUUUAGAGCACUGUAAUUUUCAUUUAGACUCGUCUUCGUUGGAUGACAUCGUUGCAAGAACGUCCGGCUACGUCGGGGCAGAUUUGGAACUGCUGAUCAAUUCAAUUAGUAGAUCAAUUAGCGGAAAUCCAUCGAAAAGUGUUCAAAGUUGUAUAGACGAGAGUUUGAGGAAGAUUCGGCCAAAUGCAUUGAGGGAUUCUAUUGGUCUUAUUAGUGGGUUGAGUGAAACAUUAGACGUCAUCGGUGGAAUGGAUCAGCUUAAAAAGUCACUAAGGACAUCGGUUCUAGGGCCGCUGCGACAUCGGCAGGCAUUUCGAAGAUUCGGUAUGCGCCCUCUGAAAGGUAUAUUAUUGUACGGACCUCCGGGCUGUGCUAAAACAACCAUUGCUCGUUGCUUGGCAGCUGAAUCCCGUAUGACCUUCGUGUCGGUUUCCGCUGCAGAAGUCUACUCGCCUUACGUGGGUGACGCAGAGAAGUUGAUUGCUCGCCUCUUCAACCAAGCCCGGCUGAGCGCUCCAGCUGUGAUUUUUCUUGACGAAAUUGAUUCCUUGGUUGGUAAUCGCAGCACGCAAGGUAUUCGAGCCAAUGAUGUUCAUGUACGGGUGCUGUCUACGCUGCUCACAGAAAUGGAUGGAAUCGGAUCGAGUGUUCAGUCAGCAGUCGGCAGCAGGGAAGACUCGAAAAAUAUUCUUGUCAUUGCGGCCACGAAUCGACCGGAUAUGAUCGAUGAUGCUUUGCUGCGGCCGGGUCGUUUGACCAAGCUCAUUCAUGUUCCCGCUCCGGACGAGCUAGGAAGACUAGCAAUACUGAAAAAGGUGUCCGAAAAGAUUCCUCUGGCGGAAGAUGUUUGUCUAGAGGAGCUAGCCAAACAGACGGAGCGAUACUCGGGAGCUGAUUUGCAGAAUCUGUGUUCGCAGGCUGCCCUCCACGGUGCUGCACUGGACGAAAACAUACAGCAGGUAACGAUGGAUCAUUUUCAGCACGUCAUGCAGGAGAGUCGUCCAUCGCUCACUAGGGAACAGAUUGAAUGCGUAUGAGGUCAUUGAAAUUUGUCCACUGAUGACGACCCGCCUACCAGAAUAGCGAAACUUUGAGAUUUCGUAUUCUGGAAGCUUGCUCGAUCUUAUCAAAACAUGGCAGACAAAGAUAGCUAAAAGAAUUGCAUUGCCGUUCUCAGUGAUACCGAAAGUUCAUCUUUGAUAGAAAUGGAAUGUUGUGCGUUCCACAGUAUCUUGUGUUAGUUGAUAAGAGGUAUGUCAUUGAUGAUUUUACAUUGCAGUGGGAGAAUGCAUUUGAAUAAUUAAAAACGGAAAUCGGUUGCUUGGAAGCUUUUGAAAACCUUCACAACGGAAAAAUGACGAAUAAGUCAUAAAUCUAACAGUAGCACCUAAAGCCCAGAUUAUAUACUGUUGUUGUGUUGACGAAUAGUUUUUCCAGAAACCAAUAAGUAUUUUUCAAUGAAUACCAUCUAUGGUUAUAUUACAGUAAGUCGCAAAGUGCUGAAAGAAUAACAAGUUCAUAGAGCAAUUGUCCGCAGGGAAAAUUGAAAAUGAGACUUCUUGAUAGGAAAACUUUCCAAUAAGCUUGGUUUAAUUACAUUGGUAACAGAAGUUUAAAAAAAAAAUCGUUCGAUAAACGUUUCACACCAGCUGGAACCUGGUGCAACAAAAAACGUUUUGGAGGAACCGCUGAAAGGACGCCGAGGCAAAGAGAAUAUUACAGAAAUGACCAGAUCUUUUGGAAAAUUGUUCCGAACUGCAAUGAUGACAUAAUUGGAUGGCUAAAAUAACGCUUUGCUUAGUUGUACCGUGGAUGAUGUAAUUUUUCUUCGCUUUGCUGUGGUUAACGACAGAGUCUAUCGCUUCCAGGGAAGUCUCCGUGUACUCUCACGACUUGAGUAAACUCAAGUUCGUCAAUUUUUUAUUUAGCACAAUUUAGUUAUGAUAAUCUGUUCUGAGUCAGCUCCGUUUUGGGCUAUAUAGCGGA